AGUGCUUUAUCUCUUCUGCAGGUGCUGUUCUUUGGAUUUGGGUGGCUGUUCUUCAUGCGUAAGCUCUUCAAGGAUUAUGAGGUGCGACAGUAUGUGGUCCAGGUGAUCUUCUCUGUGACUUUUGCCUUCUCUUGUACCAUGUUUGAACUCAUCAUCUUUGAGAUUUUGGGGGUGCUGAACAGCAGCUCUCGAUAUUUUCACUGGAAGCUGAACCUGUGCGUCAUUUUGCUCAUCCUAGUCUUCAUGGUACCCUUCUACAUUGGUUACUUUGUUGUGAGCAAUAUCAGAUUAUUGCACAGACAGAAACUGCUUUUUGCGUGUGUUUUGUGGUUGACAUUCAUGUAUUUCUUCUGGAAGCUGGGGGAUCCAUUUCCUAUCCUCAGCCCAAAACAUGGAAUCCUCUCUAUAGAACAGCUCAUCAGCCGUGUGGGUGUGAUUGGGGUGACGCUCAUGGCUUUGCUAUCAGGAUUUGGGGCUGUCAACUGUCCAUACACUUACAUGUCCUACUUUCUCAGGAAUGUGACAGAUGCAGAUAUUCUGGCUUUGGAGCGACGACUCCUUCAGACUAUGGACAUGAUUGUUAGCAAGAAAAAAAGGAUAGCAGUGGCUCAUAGGACAAUGUUCCAGAGAGGAGAAGUGCAUAACAAACCCACUGGCUUCUGGGGAAUGAUAAAAAGUGUUACAACAUCUGUUGCAGGCAGUGAAAAUCUGUCCCUUAUCCAGCAAGAAGUGGAUGCUCUAGAAGAGCUGAGUCGGCAGCUUUUUCUGGAAACUGCUGACUUGCAUGCAACAAAGGAGAGAAUAGAGUACUCCAAAACUUUCCAGGGAAAAUACUUCAAUUUUUUGGGUUAUUUUUUCUCCAUCUAUUGUGUCUGGAAAAUCUUCAUGGCAACCAUAAAUAUUGUGUUUGACCGUGUGGGGAAGACUGAUCCAGUCACACGAGGAAUUGAGAUCACUGUAAAUUAUCUGGGCAUCCAGUUUGAUGUGAAAUUCUGGUCUCAGCACAUUUCCUUUAUUCUUGUUGGAAUAAUCAUUGUUACCUCUAUCAGAGGAUUGUUAAUCACACUUACAAAGUUCUUCUAUGCCAUUUCCAGCAGCAAGUCCUCCAAUGUCAUUGUUCUGCUUUUAGCACAGAUAAUGGGUAUGUACUUUGUGUCAUCAGUGCUCCUGAUCCGGAUGAGUAUGCCUCUAGAGUAUCGCACUAUUAUUACAGAAGUCCUGGGAGAGCUCCAGUUCAACUUUUAUCAUCGUUGGUUUGAUGUGAUAUUCCUAGUUAGUGCACUGUCCAGUAUCCUCUUUCUCUAUUUAGCACACAAACAAGCGCCAGAAAAGCACAUGGCCCUCUAAGUAAGGACUGCAGUCACACACUGCUCUCUGUCCUUUCAACUGCACUGCUGCAAUUCCUGUGGACUGCAAAACUUGAAGAGAGCCAGGACUAUUCUGUGUGUUCAGCAGUGUGUCUGACUCUUUGAACUUCCACACGCGUCAUCAUCAAGCUCUGUGGCUCAUUUUGUUAAGGUGCCACGGCUUGAAGGAAAGGGGUGCACAUAUUGAAUGUGAGAUAGUUCAUUGCCAAGGAAUAAGGCCACUCCUUGGUACACCAAUAUCUAGGGGCAUUGGAACUUGCAUAGUAGGCUGUCUGAGGUAAGACCUCUUACUGUUAGAAGAACAUCUUCGUAGAAGGCACCAAGGAAAUGUGAUUUUUCUUUUGAAAAUCAACUCAUAAUUGGGAUUCAGAGGACGGCAAUUCUGGAGUUGAAUGUUUGAGUCUGUGGAAUUAAAUAAGCUUUUGUAAUAUCCCAUACAAGCAUCACAGUUGUCUUUUGUCAGCCCCAAAGACUUGGCUGGAAGUGAGCUAGAAAGUGGCUAGGAUUUGCCAUCUGGCAGAAGUGAAGUGGAGAGAAUUUCACUCCAUUUCUGUAUGGAGUGUAUGCUAGUGUGUAUCACUAGUACCUACUGUCCUUAAGAGCUGGAGAUUAGCUUUCUGUUGCUGAGUCUCAACUUUGUUUUCUCUCCCUGCAUAAAUGGAACUGAGGUUUUGGAUUCCUCUUUGCUAGAGUUCAGUGUGAAGUCAAAGACCACAGCUAUGCCUUGUUUAUCUUAUAUGUUACAAAUUUGUUUACCUUACAUGCUGUAAAUUUGGUGUUCCCCACAACCUGUGUAUUCUUCCACAGUAGCCCAUUUCCCCUUC